UCCCCUUCCCAGGAGUGAACCAAAACCAAAGCCAGAGCUGUUUGUUUGCAGGACCAUGGAACCGAUAGAAGACCCACCGCAGGUGGCCAAGCUGCGAUCGCUACUGAACAGGAGCGCACGGAUCGAGAUCACGGAUGGACGGUUGUUUGUCGGUCAGUUCAUGUGUAUUGAUCAUUCCAAAAACAUCAUCCUCGCGGGCGCCUAUGAAUCAAGACCUUUGUCCUCUGCAGCAGCAGCAGGAGGCACAGGUGCAAAUGCUUCAACGGUGAGUCAGGAUAUAAAGGCCAUUGCGGCAGCCACCUCUGCCGCGAUCUCGGCGUCCAAUUCGGCUUCGGCUUCAGGAGCAGGAUCGCCAGGAGUGGCGGCGGCGGUGGCGGUUUCGGGAGAUUCUUCAGAGGAGGCGACGCCGAAACCGAGGCCGGGGAUCCUUAAACGGAACUCGGAGGAAGAAGAAAAGAGAUUUGUGGGACAGAUCAUGAUCCCGGGACAUCAUAUUGUCAAGGCAGAGAUGGACUGCAGUCAUUUGCGGGGCGCGGAUUCACGGUUAAAGGCACCUUUGACCUACAACCUCGAUUACUUGUUAGGAUGAUCCGGCAUUACAUACCAACACUACAUCUCCUUCGAUAUCUCUCAUCAGCAUCGCAGCCCGAGCAUUUUUGUAACAUAUUAAAACAUCGUAAUUCAAUGUCCAGAUCUUUUGACGAGAACGAGAGAGAGAGAGUGAGAGUGAGUGAGUGAAUGAGGAACGACGAGAU